AUGGCGACCGAUAUUGCUACCAGGGAGCUCCGGAAGCCCAUGCCUGUCGCUGAAUAUCUGUUCCGGCGACUGUAUGAGGUGGGGGUUCGGUCUGUGCACGGUGUUCCUGGCGACUAUAACCUGGCUGCUUUAGAUCUUCUUCCCAAGUGUAAUCUUCGCUGGGUUGGAAACUGUAACGAGCUCAAUGCAGGCUAUGCUGCUGAUGGAUAUGCACGUGUCAACGGAAUGGGCGCCUUGGUUACUACCUUUGGUGUUGGUGAACUCUCAGCCCUCAACGCUAUUGCCGGCGCAUACUCCGAAUUCGUCCCCAUUGUCCAUAUCGUUGGUCAACCGAACACCACAUCGCAACGUGAUGGGAUGUUGCUCCACCACACUCUCGGCAAUGGAGACUUCAAUGUCUUCGCCAGAAUGAGUGCCGGUAUCUCGACGACCAUCGGACGGCUGAACGAGGCCCACGAAGCGGCUACACUCAUCGACAACGCUAUCCGAGAAUGCUGGCUUCGCAGCCGACCCGUCUACAUCACAUUGCCAACUGAUAUGAUUCUGAAGGAUAUUGAAGGAGACCGACUCGACACUCCACUUGAUCUCUCCUUGCCACCUAACGAUCCUGAGAAGGAAGACUAUGUGGUCGAUGUCGUUCUCAAGUACCUUCACGCCGCAAAGAAGCCUGUUAUCCUGGUUGAUGCCUGUGCCAUUCGUCAUAGAGUGCUACCUGAAGUGCAUGACUUGAUGGAAGCUUCUGGUCUGCCUACAUUCGUCGCACCCAUGGGCAAGGGAGCAGUUAACGAGGCCCACAAGAAUUACGGCGGUGUUUAUGCUGGUGAUGGAUCCAAUGCUGGCGUGCGCGAGCAGGUGGAGGAGUCCGAUCUGAUCCUCAGCAUCGGUGCCAUCAAAUCGGAUUUCAACACGGCUGGGUUCACGUAUCGCAUUGGGCAGCUGAACACCAUUGACUUCCACAGUACUUAUGUGCGAGUGCGAUACUCGGAGUACCCCGACAUCAACAUGAAGGGUGUUUUGAGAAAGGUCAUUCAGAGACUCGGUCAUGUCAAUGCUCUACCCGUGAACGUUGUCAGCAACACUAUCCCCGUCGAUGAGCAGGCAUCGGGCAAUGAUGUCAUCUCCCACAGAUGGUUCUGGCCCAGGAUUGGACAAUGGUUGCAAGAGAACGAUAUCGUGAUCACAGAAACCGGAACGGCGAACUUCGGCAUCUGGGAGACUCGGUUCCCUGCCGGUGUUACGGCGAUCAGCCAAGUCCUCUGGGGCAGCAUUGGCUAUUCAGUUGGCGCUUGUCAGGGAGCUGCAUUGGCCGCCAAGGAGCAGGGCAAUCGUCGUACCAUCCUGUUGGUCGGUGACGGUAGCUUCCAGUUGACCGUGCAGGAGGUCAGCACCAUGAUCAGGAAUAAGCUCAACCCCAUCAUCUUCGUGAUCUGCAACCAAGGAUAUACCAUCGAGCGGUACAUUCACGGAUGGGAUGCCGGAUACAACGAUAUCCAGGAAUGGGACAACAAGAACAUCCCCACCGUAUUCGGAGGAGGCGACUUCUACAAGGGUUAUGUGGUUAAGACCCAGGAUGAGAUGAACAAGCUCUUCGAGAACGAGGAAUUCGCUUCCGCCCCAUGCCUCCAGCUGGUCGAGCUCCAUAUGCCACGCGACGACGCCCCCUCGGCCCUCAAGCUGACCGCCGAUGCCGCGGCCGCGCGCAACCGAUAG